CAUUGAAAGGGCAUGUGGGCAGUCCAGGGUGAGUUGUCUGAAGGUCCAGGGUCAGCCUGCCCUGUCUCCAGUCCCCUGCCCCUCCCAACCCCUUGUAGUGCUGAUCUGGGACCAAGGUCCGAACUAUAGCACCCUUGCAGCCUUCAGGCAUGGCUGCCAACCGGGUAGAGCUGGGUCGGAGCUCUCUGCUCUCCUCCCCCAGGGUCUUAAGGCCUGUCUCAGUUUCCUAGGAGACAGGUUGGCUGGUUCAAGCAAAGACAGGAGCGGGGCUGCAGGCUGCUGUGAAGAGGCUGCCGUCUUGAGCCCCCGCACCAGGGAUCCCUCCUCCCCUCAGGUCUGGUCCUUCCCUGCUGCCCCUUGAGCAGAGCCAUGGCUCUGAGGGAAAGUGAUCGAGGCCAAGCUCCAAGGAAGGGGCUAAAGGAGAAGGUGCUGACGCUGGACACCAUGAACCCGUGCGUGCGGAGGGUGGAGUAUGCAGUGCGCGGUCCCAUACUGCUGCGAGCCUUGGAGCUGGAACAGGAGCUGCGUCAGGGUGUGAAGAAGCCCUUCACGGAGAUCAUCCAUGUCAACACUGGGGAUGCACAGGCCAUGGGGCAGAAGCCCAUAACCUUCCUGCGCCAGGUCUUGGCCCUCUGUGUUCACCCAGCUCUCCUGAGCAGCCCUGACUUCCCAGAGGAUGCCAAGAGAAGGGCUGAGCGCAUCCUGCAGGUGUGUGGGGGCCACAGCAUAGGAGCCUAUAGCAUCAGCUCUGGCAUCCAGAUGAUCCGAGAAGAUGUGGCCCUGUACAUCGAGAGGCGGGACGGAGGCAUCCCCGCAGACCCCAACAACAUCUUCCUGUCCACAGGGGCCAGUGAUGCCAUUGUGACGGUGCUGAAGCUGCUGGUGUCUGGCCACGGCUGCACGCGCACUGGAGUGCUCAUUCCCAUCCCCCAGUACCCGCUCUACUCGGCCGCACUGGCCGAGCUGGAUGCUGUGCAGGUGGACUACUAUCUGGAUGAGGAGCAUGCCUGGGCGCUCGACGUCUCUGAGCUGCGGCGUGCCCUGCGCCAGGCCCGUGACCACUGCCACCCACGCGCACUCUGCGUCAUCAACCCAGGCAACCCGACCGGGCAGGUGCAGACCCGCGAGUGCAUCGAGGCCAUUAUCCGCUUCGCCUUUGAGGAGGGGCUCUUCCUGAUGGCUGACGAGGUGUACCAGGACAACGUGUAUGCCGAGGGCUCGCAGUUCCACUCCUUCAAGAAGGUGCUCAUGGAGAUGGGGCCGCCAUUUGCAGCGCAGCAGGAGCUCGCGUCCUUCCAUUCCGUCUCCAAGGGCUACAUGGGCGAGUGUGGGUUUCGUGGUGGCUACGUGGAAGUGGUGAACAUGGACCCCGAGGUGCAGCGGCAGAUGCAGAAGCUGCUGACCGUGCAGCUGUGUCCACCAGUGCCUGGCCAGGCCCUGGUGGACAUGGUGGUCAGUCCACCUGCCCCUUCCGACCCCUCCUUUGCACAGUUCCACGCGGAGAGGCAAGAGGUGCUGGGCCAGCUGGCAGCCAAGGCCAGGCUCACUGAGCAGAUCAUCAACAGCACUCCGGGGCUCCGCUGCAACCCAGUGCAGGGCGCCAUGUACUCCUUCCCUCGAAUUGAGCUGCCCCCACGCGCCGUGCAGCACGCGCAGGAGCUGGGCCUCGCCCCAGAUAUGUUCUUCUGCCUGUGCCUCCUGGAGGAGACCGGCAUCUGUGUGGUGCCCGGGAGCGGCUUCGGGCAGCGGGAAGGCACCUAUCACUUCCGGAUGACCAUCCUGCCCCCCAUAGAGAAGCUGCGGCUGAUGUUGGAGAAGCUGAGCCAUUUCCAUGCCAAGUUCACUAGCGAGUACUCCUGAGGUCACUGCCCUGGCCUGAACACGGUUCCAGGGCCCCUGGAGCCCGCAGUCCUGGCUUUGCUUACAGGCUGGGCACCGGACUCCGGCUCUCUAAUAAAGCUGGAUGCUAUUCUGACUCUG